AUGGUCGGCGGUGGCGGUGGCGGACCAUCGUCCGCGGGUGCAGCGGGGACUCCUCACCAAAAGCUGGUCGGGCACGCCUACGUCCGAGCCCCUCCGGCGCUGCAGCUGCCCCUCCUCUCGCUCGGCACGCUGGGCGCGCAGGCGGUCUGGUCGAUCGACAUGGCCUUUGCGCCGCCGUACCUCCUCGAGCUCGGCCUGUCGAAAUCCGCAAUGGCCGCCGUCUUUGUCGCGGGCCCGCUCAGCGGCCUCGUCGUGCAGCCCCUCAUCGGCGCCCUCGCCGACAACAGCACCUCGCGCCACGGCCGCAGGCGGCCGCUCCUCGUCGUCGGCGCCGUCGUGUGCUCGGCCGCCGUGCUCCUCCUCAGCUUUGCGCGCGAGGUCGCCUCCAUCUUUGCCACGUCCGGCGCCGACGCCCACUCGUUCCUCGCGAUAUGCAUCGCCAUCGUCGCCGUCUAUGUCAUUGACUUUUCCGUCAAUGCAGUCACCGCCCUCAACCGCGCGCUCAUGGUCGACGUGGCAAGCAUAGAGGACCAAGCGGCCGCCAACGCCUGGGCGGCGCGCCUGUCGGGCACGGGCAGCGUGCUGAGCUUCUGCAUCGGCAACCUCGACCUGCCGGGCACGUUUCCGCGCGCGUUUGGCACGACCCAGAUCCAGAUCCUCUCGGUCCUCACCUGCCUCGUCGUGCUGGCCACCCACGCCGUCGUCGUGCUGCGCGUCCACGAGCAGGUCCUCGUACGCUCCACCCCCUCUUCCCCGCACCGCCAGCGUCGGACGCCCGCCCUUGGCCUCGCCCACCUCUUCCGCGACCUCGUCGCCCAGGCAAAGAACCUGCCCGCUCCCAUUCUCGAAAUCUUCAAGAUCCAAUUCUUUGCCUGGAUCGGGUGGUUCCCCAUCCUCUUCUACACGACCGUCUGGAUCGGCGACAUCUACCGAGCCGGACAGCCCGGCGGUGGUCCGCAGGGCACCUCGCCGGCCUCGGCGCCGGGCGGCGACGCCCUCUUCGACGAGGCGACGCGCGUGGGCAGCCUGGCCAUGUUCUGGCACGCCGUCGUCGCGCUGGCGGCGUCGAUCGUGCUCCCGAUUGUCGUGCCGAGCCCGCUGGGCGACGCGUCUGCCUCGACGGCCGCCACGCCGGGCUUUCUGCGCGGCCUCGAGCGCCUCCGCUCGAGGUGCCCCGACCUCACCUUCUGGUGGGUCUUUUCCCACUUUGUCUUUUGCGCCGCCAUGAUGGGCACCUACAUUGCCUCGCUGGCCCAGAGCGUCUUUUUCGCCUCGCUCCUCAUCGCCAUUGUCGGCUUCUGCUGGUGCGUCACCAACUGGGUGCCCUUUGGACUGUUGGGGAUCCUCAUCCAGCACCACACGCCGGACGCGCACGAGAUGCGCCAACGCGAUGCCGAACGAGGCGGCACCGACGGCGAAGAUGCCCAAGACGACGACGACGAGGAUGAUGACGGCAACAACGACGACGACGACGACGACGAUGUCGAGGCAGUCCUCGUCGCUCACCCGGGGCUGUCGCCACGGAGAGGGGGCAACGGCGGCGGUAGCGGCAGCGGUGGUGGUCCGGCCCAGGACGCGGGCGGGACGUCGGGCCAUUCGGGCAGCAUCUUGGGCCUGCACAACCUCGCCAUCGUGCUGCCGCAAUUCGCCGUGACCAUGAUCUCGUCGGCCAUCUUUGCCAUCAUGGAGCCAAGCCCGGAAGCUGGCGCUGCAUCUGGAGCAGCGUCUCCGACGGCUCAGCGACGGGCCGCGGCCGGACCCGCUGCCGUCAGCUCGGCGAGCGGCGAUGCGGUGGGCAUCGUGUUGCGGCUCGGCGGCCUGUCGGCCCUCGUGGCGGGCGUCCUUGCGGUAAGGUUCGCCCGGCGGUACGGCCACGUGCUGUCCGAAUGA